GACGUCAGUCCAGUACGUGAUCGGCACAGGCAGUUAUAAAGCGGCUUGCAUCGGACUCGAGGAGAAAGAAUCCUGAGAAAAGCAGCAGCGACAGCAGUUCUCUGAACUUCCUGAAGGGAAACAGGCGCAACAUGCCCUCUAUAGCAGCAGCUUCCACCGGAGUUGACCCCACUGAUCUCCCGGUGGAUUUACGCCAGUCCGGAAGCCCGACACAUCAGAAGCGGACUGGGGUGUAUUAGAGAGUUGGCAAACUUAUUAUCUGGGGUAAAUGUGUAAUUCAGAAGAACGCGUUCCUGUGGAACGGACCACAAGCAGCAGCAGCACACCAGGCUCUGCUGACCACCAGAAGUAGUGCUGGGAAAGUGCGAUCUUUUUUAAUUUUAAAGGAUAUAUCACUCGUAAAUAGUUCAUGGGGUAAUUCAGGCUGCAGCUCCCGACGAUGAGUUGGUUUGGUUCUCAUCUGACUCCUAUUGGACUGAUUAUAUGGACAGCAGCGCGGAUCGAAUCAUUUUGAUUCUAACGUUUCUCCCCCUGAUCUCCCUCAUGCUGCUCCUCCGGCUGAAUUGGAUUCUGACCGCCGCCGCGGGCUGUUUCCUGCUUCUCCAUAGCCACCUGCUGAGUGCUGAUCAGUUGGUGGCAGGAACCUGUGAGAUCGUAACUUUGGACCGAGACAGCAGCCAACCCAGGACAACUAUCGCCCGUCAGACAGUCCGCUGUGCAUGCAGAAAAGGACAGAUUGCUGGGACAAUACGAACCAAACCGGCCUGUGUUGAUGUUCAAAUCGUCAGGAGUGAACAGUGGUGCGAAAUGAUUCCAUGUUUGGAUGAUGAGGGUUGUAAAAUCCUGGUCAAUAAAUCAGGCUGGACCUGCACACAAACGGGAGGUCGAGUAAAAACUACCACGGUCCCCUAACAGCGGCAAAGAGGACAACAGAGUCAUUCUUGCUAUUGAUUAGCUGCCCUCUCCAUGAAAAGAAGCGGACUUUUAAAGAAAAGAGCAUGUUGAGAAACCAAAAGGAAUCUAUUGCCCACACAAUCUGGUUAGAACAUUUCCCGAAUGCGAUUGGGUGAAUGUGACUCUAGUGUAAAGCGCUUUGAGUGGCCAAAUGAUUGGAAAAGUGCUAUACAAGUUCAGUCCAUUUACCAUUCCCUGUGUUAUGUGCUUUUCAGUCUUGCACUCCCAGAGCAAGCAUAGAAGAAUGUCACAGAGGUGGCCAAAGAUGACAUGAAAGGGAUCCACCAUAAUUUUAUGUAAUCCAAAACCAGCAUGCAUAGCCACAGUGGAGCUUUCACGUUUACGUAUACUCAUCACUUGUAUAAAUCUCUUGAUAUAUUUGGGCUUUUAAUCAUGCUCCUGAAAGAUUCUUUGUGUACGUGUCCCAAUGAGUCUUGUUUGUCAGAUUAAAAGUACCUUUUUGUUGGAAUCUGGGGUUGUUUCAGUUUGGUUUUGAAUUUUUGGUGUUCCUUAGGUUUUUCUAUUUAGUGUUUUCCACUUCUGUUCUUCCUCAGUGAUUAUAGGAAUGCUUUGCUUAUUUAUGUUUCUUUAGUCUAAGUUAGUCUUUAAUGUUAGAAUUAUUUCCUGUUCCCUGCCUCUCUCUCCUGUGUCGCGUUCUCCUCCUCUCCUCCUCUCCUCCUCUUCUCCUCAGUCUGCCUUCUCUCACACCUGCAAUCAAUUUAUUCAUCAGCCCUGGUUUUUGUUCAGAAUUCUCCUUCCUAGUAUUUAAGCCACUCCCUUUCAGACAGUAGUUGCCUUAAUUAAAUAAAUGGAAGGCAUUUAUAUAGGAUACAAAUUGCAGUUGAUGUAGUAAGGAUUAGAGGAAUAAAUAGUAGGGAGGAGAUAAUAGAAUAAGAACCGGUCACAGUUUUUUAAAUUGAACUCUUUUCAAGAUGGGGAAACAUCUUACUGGUUUAUGUAGUUGGUGUGAUGCUGUAGAAACGAUGGAACAAGUUUUUAUUUGUUGUAGAAAAUAUGCAGAUCAAAGAAGAUUAUUAAAAACUGAAUUAGGUUUCAAGAGGGAAUUGAAAUUUGAGAAUGUGGUUGAUCAGUUAAAUAGUAUUGAGGGGAAAAAUAUGUUUUGUUCUUAAAAAAUACUGGGAUGGAUGCAGUGGAUGCAAGCUGGCGUUAAAAUCUAAAGCAGAAGAAGAAGAACAGUAGUUGCCAGUUCAUCUUGUUACUCUCCUCGGCUUCCCUGUGUGCUCCUCGUGUCUCCAGUUUUUCCUUGUUUUGGAUUUUCCUGUUGGACUUUCUAUUUUUGUAAGUUGGGUUAUUUUUUGUUUUUUCAUUAAAUUUCCACAACUGAUCUAUGUCUCUUGCCUGCUGCAUUUGGGUCUGGAUUUAAACACUCAUCCUGACACUUCUGAAAAUAUCAAUAUUUAAAAUGGGUAUUAAACGUAUUUCUCCUUAUGCCCACUUUUCAGUUUUUAAAAAUAACUUUUUAUUAGUCUAAUGUAAUCUUAUUUUAAAUAUCAUGUUUGCAGUAGCUGUAAGUGGAAAAUCGCAAUUGAUAGAAAUAAAGGGUUUCAAACGUCCAUCUGUGUGUACUUAAUCUAUGUAACAUUUU